GGCUCUACUACACCGAGAAGGAGAGUGAGUGAGUACGUCAGUACAUCAGAGAACAGCCCGAAGGGACGCUCGAGAAAGAAGAAGUGGCCAGUCCCUUUAAAAUAUCAAGACAAAACAUUGGAAAACGAGAGCUUGUUGUUUUUCCCAUCAGUUAGGGCAUAUACAGGUGACACCGGAGCAUGUCACUAUGACAACGUUCGGACUUUACAUAGUAGCCUUCAUCAUCUCAGUAGGCGCUCAGUAGACAUAUAAUAAUCGCGCGAGUCGUUAGAGACUGUCAGUUAUCAAUCCUAGAAGAAGAUCGCAGAAGACAUGGAACAGAGACUUGGUACAAUGAUCAGCUAGCGUUUUAUGUGCCCAAUCUACAAGAUUAGAGGAGAAACCGAAGACAGCAGCACACCUGGAGCGGCUCGAGCAGAAUGGAUUUCACCACCAUCCGGAACCUCAUCACUAGAUACUGUACAGGAGAGGAGAACUGGGUGGACAACAGGACGGUUUAUAUUGGACAGAAAGAGCCUCCGCCAGGAACAGAAGCGUACAUCCCGCAGAGAUUUCCUGACAACAGAAUCGUCUCCUCAAAGUACACUUUCUGGAAUUUUAUACCGAAGAAUCUCUUUGAGCAGUUCAGAAGAAUCGCCAAUUUCUAUUUUCUGAUCAUCUUUCUAGUGCAGCUGAUCAUUGACACACCCACCAGUCCUAUGACCAGCGGUCUGCCUCUUUUCUUCGUCAUCACUGUUACAGCCAUUAAACAGGGCUAUGAGGACUGGAUCAGGCACAAAGCGGACAACGCUAUAAACCAAUGUCCGGUCCACGUCAUCCAGCAUGGCAAAGUCGUACGCAAACAGAGUCAAAAGCUACGGGUGGGUGAUAUUGUCCAGGUGAAGGAGGAUGAGACGUUUCCGUGUGACCUCAUACUGCUCUCCACCAGUAGAGAAGACGGGACAUGUUUCGUCACAACAGCCAGCUUAGAUGGAGAGUCCAGCCAUAAGACCUAUUAUGCAGUUCAGGACACAAAGGCAUUCAACACAGCAGAGGAGGUGGACACACUGCAUGCCACGAUAGAAUGCGAACAACCCCAGCCGGACCUUUACAAAUUUGUGGGACGCAUCAAUAUUUAUUUGGAUCGUGACGAACCUAUCGCGAGACCCCUGGGUUCUGAGAACCUGCUGCUGCGCGGAGCCACACUGAAAAACACUGAAUACAUACAUGCUGUGGCCAUCUACACAGGCAUGGAAACCAAGAUGGCCCUCAACUACCAGUCCAAGUCUCAGAAACGCUCCGCUGUUGAAAAGUCAAUGAAUGCCUACCUGAUUGUGUACCUCUGCAUUCUGAUCAGUAAAGCUCUGAUCAAUACACUCCUCAAGUACGUCUGGCAGGCCGACCCAAACCGAGACGAGCCCUGGUACAACCAGAAAACUGAGACUGAGAGGCAGCGGCAUGUAUUAAUCCGGGCAUUCACAGACUUCCUGGCCUACAUGGUUCUGUUCAACUACAUCAUUCCCGUGUCCAUGUACGUUACCGUGGAGAUGCAGAAGUUCUUGGGCUCGUACUUCAUCCUGUGGGACGAUGACAUGUUCGACGAGGAGCUCGGAGAGCGACCGCUCGUCAAUACCUCGGAUCUUAAUGAGGAACUUGGACAGGUGGAAUAUGUCUUCACAGACAAGACUGGCACUUUGACAGAAAAUAACAUGGAGUUGAGGGAAUGCUGUGUGGAUGGGCACGUGUAUGUGCCGCACGCCAUCUGUAACGGGCAGAUCUUACCUGGAGCUGCGGGAAUGGACAUGAUCGACUCCUCUCCGGGCGUAGACGGGAAGGAGCGAGAGGAGCUGUUUUUCCGUGCAUUGUGCCUGUGUCACACAGUCCAGGUGAAGGAAGAGGAGACGGUGGACGGCAUUAAGAGAGGAAUCCAUCAGGGCAAAUCCACCUCCUUCUACAUCUCCUCCUCUCCAGACGAGGUUGCGCUGGUGGAGGGAAUGAAAAGGUUGGGCUUCACCUAUCUCCGUCUGAAGGACAGUCACAUGGAGAUCCUUAACAGAGAGGAUGAAAUGGAAAGAUUUGAGCUGUUGGAAGUAUUGAACUUUGAUUCAGUGAGGAGGAGAAUGAGUGUAAUCGUAAGAUCAAGCUCAGGAGAGUACUACUUGUUCUGUAAAGGUGCAGAUUCCUCUAUUUUCCCACGGGUGGUUUCCGGGAAGGUGGAGCCGGUCAGAGCGCGAGUAGAGCACAACGCUGUGGAGGGUUUACGGACUCUCUGUGUGGCUUAUAAGAAGCUGACUCAUGAGGAGUAUGAGAAAACGUGCCAUCUCCUCAACAGCGCUAAACUAGCUCUGCAGGAGCGUGACAAGAAACUGGCUGAAGCUUAUGAUGUCAUCGAAAAGGAUUUCAUCCUGCUGGGAGCCACGGCGGUGGAAGAUAGGCUGCAGGAUAAAGCGGCCGACACCAUCGAGUCCCUGCACAAGGCUGGUAUAAAGGUUUGGGUUCUCACAGGGGACAAAAUGGAGACGGCCGCAGCCACAUGCUAUGCUAGCAAGUUGUUCCAUCGCAAUACACAGAUCCUGGAACUGACAACCAAGCGGACAGAAGAGCAGAGUCUCCACGACGUCCUGUUCGACCUGAGCAGGACCGUCCUGAGACAGCAUGGCAGCAUGACCAGGGACACUUUCUCAGGGCUCUCGGGUGAUUGCCAAGACUAUGGUCUGAUAAUCGAUGGGGCAACACUGUCAGCUGUACUGAAGCCAACACAGGAAGGAAACAGCAGCGGAGGGAACUACAAGGAAAUAUUCCUGGAAAUCUGCAGGAACUGCAGUGCUGUUCUCUGCUGCCGCAUGGCACCCUUACAGAAAGCACAGAUUGUUAAGAUGAUUAAAGCGUCGAAAGAACACCCCAUUACGCUGGCCAUCGGGGACGGAGCCAAUGAUGUCAGCAUGAUUCUGGAAGCUCACGUGGGCAUAGGGAUCAUGGGUAAAGAAGGGCGUCAGGCGGCCCGUAACAGCGACUAUGCAAUUACUAAGUUCAAACACCUGAAGAAGAUGCUCCUGGUUCACGGGCACUACUACUACAUCAGAAUCGCUGAGCUGGUCCAGUACUUCUUCUACAAGAACGUGUGCUUCAUCUUCCCUCAGUUUCUCUAUCAGUUCUUCUGUGGCUUCUCUCAGCAGCCACUGUACGACACGGCAUAUCUGACCCUGUACAAUAUCAGCUUCACCUCGUUACCCAUCCUCCUCUACAGUCUGAUGGAGCAGCACAUCAACAUGGACAUCCUCAAACGGGACCCCUCUCUGUACAGAGAUAUUGCCAAGAACUCCCUCCUGAGAUGGUCCACCUUCAUCUACUGGACAUUUCUGGGGGUUUUUGAUGCCAUGGUCUUCUUCUUUGGUGCUUUCUUCCUUUUCGACAACACAACCUUCACCAGCAACGGACAGCUAAUGGCCACCAACACACAGAUGAUGUUUGGAAACUGGACCUUUGGGACACUUGUAUUCACUAUCCUCGUGUUCACGGUCACGCUAAAGCUUGCCCUGGACACACAUUACUGGACGUGGAUCAACCACUUUGUCAUAUGGGGGUCACUGCUUUUCUAUGUCAUCUUCUCCCUCCUGUGGGGAGGCAUCAUUUGGCCUUUCCUGAACUAUCAGAGGAUGUACUAUGUGUUCAUGCAGAUGUUGUCCAGCGGUCCUGCGUGGCUCAGUAUAAUUCUGCUGAUUAUAGUCAGUUUGCUGCCUGAUGUGGUGAAGAAAGUGCUGUGUAGAGCUCUAUGGCCCACCACCACUGAGAGAAUACAGGAUGCUGAUAAGUUGUAUAAAGGCCACCUGUCCGAGUUCACCCCCCUGUCCUCCCUCCAUGCUCCACCUGCGCGAAAACAUGACAGACGGGGGAACGAAAGCCAGAACCACACACACCGCAGGUCUGACUCCUCCUGUCCCAAAAAACUCAUGUGUACCUACUGGGGUGGCAGGCCCGACUACUGCACCUUCAGCUCCUUUCUCCGAAUAGGAGAGAACCCAAGAUUCUCUGGGGCAGCUUACGCCUACAGCACGCCGGGUCCAGAGACGUCCGUAUGAUAGUCUCUCUAAAAGAAACAGUCCGGUUAUCUAAUCCAAUUCGGCCUCGCUUAUCCCAGGGUCAAGAUUGGGACGCUAUUGGGAGACCAAUCUUGACUCGUCACCCUUUAUCUGAAGCAAAAGCACUGAAAUUGGCUCUUGUGGCGAACGCUAAUGGGCGGUAGUGAUGCUGUGUGUUCGUUUUGGAGCUGGAGGAAGGCCAAACAGAAUUGGCCGCACCAUCUACUGUGCUAAGUGGCCUUGGGACCUAUUUACCUUGAUUUCUGUGUGUGUGUGUGUGUGUGUGUGUGUAGGCCUUUGUUAGAACAACUAUAAAAAGACAUAUUGUAACUGGACUGUCAUUAUGCUUCACCCUUUACCUUUCAAAAAGGUGGAAAUCCACUCAUUCUACUCUUCCAAAGUUUUUAAAACCAUCAUGACAACCAGUUACUCUGUCCUAGCUGCUUGACGACUUGCUUUAAAAUUCUCUAGUUCCCUAUAAUCAGUCCUUUAGUUUUUGUUUCGUUUUUUAGAGUAGAACCGGAUAUACAACUCUAAAGGCUACGCUAGCCAUCUUAGCUUAACUGUUCUGCCUUAAUGUUAAUGUUUCCCAUCUUUUACACCACAGUUUGGAACCAAAGGUUGUGAAAUACGGAGUAUAUAAAUGUGUGUUAGUUGCCUUAUGCUUAAAGAGAAGAGGAGGGAAGGUGUUUGAUGGCAUUCCCAAGAAUCCCACCACACUGCCUUAAGUUAACAUUGCACCAGCUGAGGAUGUAGAGCGAUAAAUGUAGUAUUCGACAUCUUCCAGUGCCGCCAACACACAGCCCAGGGCUCCCGAGGAACAAAAAAAACAAUGAAAUGUAACAUUUCUGUUGGCG